AUGGGAAAAAUAGGCAUCCAUAAAUCGUAUAAACGUCGAUUUCAUUUGAAAAAUGCACGUCUUAAAAAACAUCAAAAAAAACUUGAUAAAAUAAAUGAAGAGGCAUUCACCAACGAAGAGACAACCACCAACGAAAAGACAACCACCAACGAAGAGACAACUACCAACGAAAAGGCAACCACCAACGAAAAGGCAUCUAAAAAAUCACA